UCAUGGGACCCAACUCCUAUGGUCAGGUCACGGGACCCAACUCCUGUGGUCACGGUCAGGUCAUGGGACCCGACUCCUAUGGUCACGGUCAGGCCAUGGGACCCAACUCCUAUGGUCACGGUCAGGUCACGGUCAGGCCAUGGGACCCAACUCCUGUGGUCACGGUCAGGUCACGGUCAGGCCAUGGGACCCAACUCCUAUGGUCACGGUCAGGUCACGGUCAGGCCAUGGGACCCAACUCCUGUGGUCACGGUCAGGUCACGGUCAGGUCAUGGGACCCAACUCCUAUGGUCACGGACAGGUCACGGUCAGGCCAUGGGACCCAACUCCUAUGGUCAGGUCACGGGACCCAACUCCUGUGGUCACGGUCAGGUCAUGGGACCCAACUCCUAUGGUCACGGUCAGGUCACGGUCAGGCCAUGGGACCCAACUCCUAUGGUCAGGUCACGGGACCCAACUCCUAUGGUCACGGUCAGGUCAUGGGACCCAACUACUGUGGUCACGGUCAGGUCACGGGACCCAACUCCUAUGGUCAGGUCACGGGACCCAACUCCUAUGGUCACGGUCAGGUCACGGUCAGGCCAUGGGACCCAACUCCUGUGGUCAGGUCACGGGACCCAACUCCUAUGGUCACGGUCAGGUCAUGGGACCCAACUCCUGUGGUCAGGCCAUGGGACCCAACUCCUGUGGUCACGGUCAGGUCAUGGGACCCAACUCCUAUGGUCACGGUCAGGUCAUGGGACCCGACUCCUGUGGUCACGGUCAGGUCAUGGGACCCAACUCCUAUGGUCAGGUCAUGGGACCCAACUCCUAUGGUCAGGUCAUGGGACCCAACUCCUAUGGUCAGGUCACCUGGACCUCAGGAAGCCCAGGGGGGGAGACAGUAUUGAAUAUUCCUCUCAUCCUCUCUGUAGUGAUGAACCUGGACCUCAGGAAGCCCGGGGGGGAGACACAGUAUUGAAUAUUCCUCUCAUCCUCUCAGUAGUGUUGAACCUGGACCUCAGGAAGCCCAGGGGGGGAGACACAGUAUUGAAUAUUCCUCUCAUCCUCUCUGUAGUGAUGAACCUGGACCUCAGGAAGCCCAGGGGGGGAGACAGUAUUGAAUAUUCCUCUCAUCCUCUCAGUAGUGAUGAACCUGGACCUCAGGAAGCCCAGGGGGGGAGACACAGUAUUGAAUAUUCCUCUCAUCCUCUCAGUAGUGAUGAACCUGGACCUCAGGAAGCCCAGGGGGGGAGACACAGUAUUGAAUACUCCUCUCAUCCUCUCUGUAGUGAUGAACCUGGACCUCAGGAAGCCCAGGGGGAGACACAGUAUUGAAUAUUCCUCUCAUCCUCUCAGUAGUGAUGAACCUGGAACUCAGGAAGCCCAGGGGGAGACACAGUAUUGAAUAUUCCUCUCAUCCUCUCUGUAGUGAUGAACCUGGACCUCAGGAAGCCCAGGGGGGGAGACAGUAUUGAAUAUUCCUCUCAUCCUCUCUGUAGUGAUGAACCUGGACCUCAGGAAGCCCAGGGGGGGAGACACAGUAUUGAAUACUCCUCUCAUCCUCUCAGUAGUGAUGAACCUGGACGUCAGGAAGCCCAGGGGGGGAGACAGUAUUGAAUAUUCCUCUCAUCCUCUCUGUAGUGAUGAACCUGGACCUCAGGAAGCCCAGGGGGGGAGACACAGUAUUGAAUACUCCUCUCAUCCUCUCUGUAGUGAUGAACCUGGACCUCAGGAAGCCCAGGGGGGGAGACACAGUAUUGAAUAUUCCUCUCAUCCUCUCUGUAGUGAUGAACCUGGACCUCAGGAAGCCCAGGGGGAGAGACACAGUAUUGAAUAUUCCUCUCAUCCUCUCAGUAGUGAUGAACCUGGACCUCAGGAAGCCCAGGGGGGGAGACAGUAUUGAAUAUGAUGUAUAUUUCACCCUCUAGUCCAUGCGACAGGUAGUAGGACUUUCUCUGUUUCUCUCAUCAUGUACAGUCAGAGCAGAUUAAUCACAGCCUGCCUCCUAAUUGGCACCCCUAACCCCUACAUAGUGCACUACUAUAGGGUCUAUGGGGCUCUGGUCAAAAGUAGUGCACUACUAUAGGGCCUACGGGGCUCUGGUCAAAAGUAGUGCACUACUAUAGGGCCUA